AUGGCUCAGCAUAUCAAUCAGAAAGCUAACAAGGGCCAAGGACAUACAUCGUAUCUUUCCAAUACGGUUUGCGAGGAGUUCGUCCAUUUAAUGGCCAAGCGAGUUCUUCAAAAUAUUUUAGACGAACUGAAAGCAUCCAAGUAUUUCUCUGUUUCGGUUGAUUCGGCCACCCCAGAUAUCUCUCAUGUUGACCAACUCACUUGCAUUCUCCGGUACGUUCUGCCAUCGGGUCCUGUGGAACGCUUUGUGGCUUUCUUAGAUAUGCAGGGCCAUACUGGGAAAGUGUUGGCGGAAAGUUUACUUGGCUUUUUAACAAGACAUGAUGUGAACAUUGCUGAUUGUCGGGGUCAAUCAUAUGAUAAUGCCAGCAACAUGAGUGGAAAAUAUGACGGUAUGCAUCAAGCUGUUAUUCACCAAAAGUGCCCACUUGCCGAGUAUGUGCCUUGCGCCGCACAUUCUCAAUUUAGUCGGCCAAUCAGCAGUAAGUUGCUGUCUGGAAUCUGUCGGAUUUUUUGGCUUUGUUCAAGGUUUAUAUAUUCUUUCCUCGUCGCUUCAACACACCGUUGGAAAGUAGUCCAUAAUCGGCUGAAGAAAAAAGGCUUGCCCACAGUCAAACGUCUGUCAGACACUCGUUUGUCAGCGCAUGUCGCCGCUGUUAAAGCCGUGGUCAAGGGCUACGGAGAAAUCAAAGCUGGAUUGAAAGAGAUUGCUGCAGACCCAGAGCAGAAAGGAGACACUCGAAAAGAAGUUCUUAAUCACGCUUCCAAUAUAGAUCGUUUGGAGACUGGCAUACUUACGCUGGUAUGGCACCGUAUCUUGAAGCGUAACAGUAACAGCCAAUUGCUUCAAUCCUCGGAUCAAGACAUUAACUCGGCUGCUGCUAUUUAUGAAUCCCUGGAAGAGUACGUGAAAAAUAUGAGACCAAAAUUUGAGCAGUUCGAGGCUGAAGGAAAAUUGCUCAGUGGAUGCGAACAUUACGAAGACGAAAUGAAACGAAAUCGCCAGCGGAAUCGUCGUUAUGAUGAACCAGGAUCAGCUCCGGAAGUAGAACUUACACCUGCUGAUAAGUUUCGAACGGCAACGUUUUUGGUUAUUAUCGAUAAUUUGGUUGCUGAGUUGAAGAAACUUAAGGAAGCAUACGCCACUGUUGCGUCAAGGUUUGGAUUUUUGAGAACUAUGAAGGAGCUACCUGACGACAAACUGACACUGAGUGCAAAUCAGCUUUGUAAAAUUUACCCAGGUGACCUUGAGCCGAGUCUUUCAGACGAGCUAUUACAGUUCUCUGCCUUCCUGAAAACCGAGCUUGCCGAGAGAUACUUGGAUUCGUCAAGCUCUGUAGAAGCACCAGUCCUUUCUGAAUCCCUUCCUCGCCCGCACCAUCUGAGGAUUCUUCAGCGCCAUCUUCACCAGUUACUACAACUCCAAGUGAUGAUGAAGAUAUGUCAUUCAGAAAAACGUCUGCGCAUGCGUCAACCUUACCUGUAA